CUGGUUUUUCCCUCCGGCUGAUUUGUGUUGUGUUUUUGCUAUGUCCAUUGGGAUUGCUGGGCGAAAUAUGUUUAUUAUAAACGCCCCCGGGGAGGAGGAGAAGUGCACAGAGGCGCAGCUGGACAUCCUGCUGAAGAUCAACACCGGGCAGUACCGGCUGGUGAAGAAGAACAAGCGGAGCUCCGUGUGGAACGUCUACCGGGAAAUAGCCCGUCCCGAUGGGACAAAGUUGAAAUGGCGUUACUUUUGCAUCGGCUGCAAGCGUGUGAUGCAGUCCACCGGCGGCACCACAUCCAAUCUUCGCAUCCACAAGUGCCAUGUGCGGUACCUCAAGCAGAAUGCCCAUCUCACCGACCACGCCCCUGCGCCCACCGCCGCUCCACAGGCGCCGCGCAGCCAGAAAUCGACGACCAAGCGUCCUCCAGUUUUUGCCACUCAGUGCGAGCGGCUCUACGAGGACACCGUGGAUCCGCUCACCCAGUACAGCGACAUGGAGGACGAAAUGGAGGUCCACUUACAGGAGGAGAGUGCCGUGGAGCAGGCACCUGAUUCGGAACGUGAUCUCGACUCCUCCACUGCUCGACCCCUGCUGAAACUCUUUUCAGAGGAGAACUUGUCGGUUGAGCCGGAGCCGGAAGAAGAGGAUGAAGCGGCGGAGACGGAGGACGACCAGAUGCUGCCCAUUGAGCUGGACCCAACUAAUAUCCAGCAUGAUUCUCCAGUCUUCAGACAAGCGGCCACUGAGCCCCUUCCUUCAACGGAAGGCGGCCUCCUGUUCGACGCCAGCGCCCUUGCCGAAGCGGAAUCCUAUGCCAAAUCCUGGGCUCACGCCUUCUUGCGCUUGAGCGAGGACCAAAAGUUCUACGCCAAGCGCUCUAUUGACGAGCUCCUUGUUUUGGGUCGGCUGGAGCGAUUGAACAUUUCGACCGUCACAUCCUUGACCACAAACCUUUAGCGCCUGUGCCAAUAACAUUUAAUUUAGGCUAGGAAAUAACUCUUAAUUCAGAUUAAAUAAAUUGUUCAUAUAUCGUCUUU